CAGCUGAUAGUAUAGAUAAGUCUUUUGAGUUUUUGUGCGGUGUAUUAGCCGGUUGUGCAAACGAUUAUCUUCGUGCUGAUAGCAGCUAGUUUUCAUUGAAAUUGGUUUCGUGUUACUAACGGAGAAACGGGAUGAUGUGCAGAUUAAACCUCUCAUUGAAAUUCAUCAUACUGGCUUUGACUUUGGUGCCAUGCUAUGGUUAUGGGCAGUACAGUUUUCUGCGCCGCAUGUUUAAAGGUGUCAAGGUUCCCACUGUCUCUGAGGGCGAUCCUGGAAGUCCUCUUUUUCUCACUCCGUAUCUAAAGGCUGGAGAAAUUGAAAAAGCAAGGGAACUGAGUUUGGUGGGCCCACUUCCAGGAGAUAAUGUGAAGAGCUAUUCUGGUUAUCUCACAGUGAAUGAGACUUGUAACAGCAACCUUUUCUUCUGGUUCUUUCCUGCUCAGACUAAGCCGGAGACUGCCCCUGUUCUGCUGUGGCUCCAAGGUGGACCAGGAGGAACUUCAAUGUUUGGGCUCUUUGUUGAACAUGGGCCUUAUGUUGUCAAUGCGAAUAUGACAUUGAGUGCACGGAAAUUUCCUUGGACUUCAAAGUAUUCAGUGCUUUAUAUAGACAAUCCAGUUGGAACUGGCUUUAGUUUCACUAAUGACGACAAAGGAUAUGCUAGAGAUGAAGAGGAUGUUGCCAGAGAUCUGUACAGUGCUCUCACCCAGUUUUUCCAGAUAUACUAUGAGUACCAGAAGAAUGAAUUCUAUGCCACGGGAGAGUCUUAUGCAGGGAAGUAUGUUCCUGCCAUUGGCUACUAUAUCCAUACCCACAAUUCUGCAGCUAAAGUUAAGAUAAACUUCAAGGGAGUUGCCAUUGGUGAUGGCCUGUGCGAUCCGGAAGAGAUGCUGGGUGGCUAUGCAGAGUUUUUGUACCAGACUGGCAUGGUGGAUGAGAACCAGAAACAGUAUGUCCAAGAGCAGACUGAUCUGGGAGUAAUGUACAUCCAGCAGAAGAAAUGGAUUGAAGCCUUUGAAGUGUUUGAUGCUCUGCUGAAUGGUGACACAACUCCAUAUGCUUCCUUCUAUCAAAAUGUUACAGGCUGUCAAAACUACUUCAAUUUUCUCCAGUGCCAGGAACCUCCAGAACAGGAAUAUUUUGGCAAAUUUUUGUCAUUCCCAGAAGUGAGGAAAUCAAUCCAUGUUGGGAAUCUGACCUUCAAUGAUGGCACAGAGGUUGAAAAGCAUCUGCUUGAAGAUGUGAUGAAGACAAUAAAACCUUGGUUGGCAGUGCUGAUGGACAAUUACAGGGUGCUGAUCUACAGUGGCCAGUUGGAUGUCAUUGUUGCUGCUCCACUGACGGAACGGUUUCUGCCCACUGUUCCUUGGUCUAAAGUAGAGAAAUACAAGAAGGCUGAUCGAUUUUAUUGGAAAGUUCAUCCCAGUGACACAGAAGUGGCUGGCUAUGUACGCCAAGUUGAUGAUUUCUAUCAGGUCAUUAUUCGAGGAGGUGGGCAUAUUUUGCCAUUUGACCAGCCAGAAGCAUCCUUUGAUAUGAUUGACAGAUUCAUCACCAAAACUGGGUGGCACUGAUGAAAAAUGAAUUAUUUUAUGUAGAAUGUUCAUGCUCUCCAUAAAGUUUUGUAAUGAUCACUGAAUGUAAUAUUAAUAAAUGUAAGUAGAGGUACAAAAUUGUUUAUUACAUGAAUGAAUGUUCUGGAUUUGAUUAAAAUGGAAUGCGUAUACACAUCUGAAUGCUAAAAUCUUAGGAAAUUAAACUUUCUUCAGUUGUACAAAAUUCUAAGAAGCUAUUCAUAUUCAUACAAGACAAUAUAUGGAAUGUUUAACAGGGUUCAGAAUAUCUAGUAACAUCUUAGAGGACUUCGCAUGUAGUAAACUGAUAAAAUCUGACCUGCAAUUUAUUUUUUAGCCUACUGAGAUUUUGUAAUAACAGCAUUUAUGUCAGCAGUGUAUUUGUUAUAGUCCUUUCUUAAGGCAUAACUUUUUUUUGCCAGUAGAGUAGUAAAGGUCUGCACGUCGAGCCUUAAGGAGAACGUUUCAUAAGUAAAUAACCUUAUAACUAAAAAUUGGUUAGAAAGUUAAUGUACAUGUUCAAAGAAAGGCAAGCAUAAUUGUAUGAAUUUGUAAGAUAUGUGGAUAUGUCCACCAAACACAGUUUACAAGAAGUAUGCAGUUGUUCCAUUAAAUAUCUAGUUUAUGCUACAGCUAGUGACUGCUUAAAGAAAUAUGUUUGAAAACAAUGAGAAGCUCAUAUUGAUUGUGAAACUGUUUUCUCUGCUUUGAUGUUUUCCUAAUUGCUUGGGUUUAGAAUUAGCAUGAAUAACUAUCCUUAGUUAUUCCCUUCAGUCUUACAAAUGCAGUAUGUUGGAAAAACAAAACAAAAAAGUUCUUUGUAUCAUAGAACAUUACAUAAUUGUAACAGGUUUCCAGCGAGUGCUGUGACAUGUUUUAACUUGACUGAUUGAGGGAAUGUCAAAGUAUGAACUUUUUGGUGCUUCUCAAAGGCACAUUCAAAUGAAGCAGAACUUUAGUAACUAUAUUAAAACAUGAAGCAAUGUAUAUUCUAAGGUUUGCACUGAGUUCUAAGGGACUUGAUCAAGAAAUAGAAUGGGCCUAUUUAAUGUAAGUAUUUUACUGAUAUAGUGCUGUAAGGGAGCACUAUAUUAAUAAAAUUAAUAUUGGAUUAGGUAAUUGCA